GUAGAAGAAGAGAGAAGAUACUACGAAACUACAAAGAGAUCUCUCUCUAUUGCAGCAGCAAAAAGAUGGGUAAAGCGAGAGGAGUGAACAAUGGUGUCAACCAAAGCUCUCUAGAUUACCUCUUUGGUUCCGGUGAGUCUCCUUCCGUCGCCGGAGCAACGAUGGGGACCACAACGACGACAACCACCACAACUACCACUGAUGGAACUGGAGGGAGACCGGUGACUACCACGACGACCACGGUUACUGAUAAUAAGAAGGUGCCUGCAGGUGUUAGAGGAAGUCCUAAUAAUUACUUCAGAUCAGAAGGCCAGAACUGUGGCAACUUCCUCACGGAGAGGCCAUCUACAAAGGUUCAUGCAGCACCUGGUGGAGGAUCUUCUCUUGGUUAUCUCUUUGGUGGACCAAGUGCUGAAUCUCCAAAGAAAUGAAGUUUGCUUGUUUGGCUAUUGUAAAUCAUCAAAAUGUGUGGGCUAUGUCAUCCUCCCAUCAAUUUAAAAAACUUUGUGUGUGAUUCAUUGUGAUGUUUGAGUUUGAUCUGUUCUUGUGUGCUUGUAGAAAUCUUUUAAACAAUAUGUGUCUCUGAGAAUUUCAAGAAAUAAACAAACAAAUGUGCUUGAAAUCAUAAAAGAAACAAACAAUGCUCAAAGCUGCUGCUGCUUAGUCUCAGCAAAAGGCUUUGUAUCAGAGCGUUUUCACCAUCUAAUUGUCG